ACAGGUGAGCUGAUAAGGCUGUCCGGGGCGCUCAUUCAAACACAGAACGUCUGGAGAGCUGUGUGUUCUAACCCAACCGAGAAGAGUGAAAUAUAUUGAGUGAGCAUAAAGUUGCCUCAGGAUAUAAAGACAGACACAGAGUUGCCUAAAGGCCAACUAGACCCUUCAACUGAGUGACCUUGAACUCACUAACUGACGUUACCCACAAUCAAGUCAAUGCCUCUGAAGAAUGCCCUGUACUUAAAAUCGGCCACGAUGCGCUGGCCCCGCAAGCAGAAGCGCCGUGAGCUUCUGUCAGUCAACAUGAUCAGCCUACCACUGGGCGACUUCCGUCACCUCUCCCACAUCGGAUUGGAUGCCCACGGUGAUACCUUCGGCGACCUCGCAGCCUUUCACCGGACUGGUAGUCUCAUCCUCCACAGCUCUCAAAGCCACCAGGACCUCUACUGCAAAGGGACCUCCCCAGCCCCACCCAAGCCCCCACGACUCCUCAGCCCAGAAGAGAUGGAUGCACAGUCCGCCGAAGCCAGAACCCUUCCCCAGGCUUUCAGGCACAAUAAGUGCAACUCCCUGCCUUUACUGGAUGAUGUGGAGGUGGUGGAGCAUGACGGGUUGUACCAACGAGAGGAGGUAAAGCAGGAGCAAGAAGAGGAGGGAAGGUUAACUAUGGGUCCGGAUGGAUUUGAAUUGAAUGCGGCCCCCCAGCAGGUUCCUUGUCCCCUAGUGGAGGCCUCUCCAGUGGUCGAGGAAGACUCAUCUUUUGCCCUGAACCUUGACCUGGGGCCAUCCAUACUAGAAGAUGUCCUGCAGGUGAUGGACCAGCUUUACCAGUGAGACUUUGAGAAGGGUGCCCCUCAUACCUAUGAUUGUAAUAUAUUUUGUCUUAAGGGCCUUUCAAGAAACCCAAGACACUGUACCAGACACUAUACAUAGGGAGAACUCCAAACUCCUUCGUUUCUAAUGGGAAUUGAAAGAGGUUGUGCCAUGGAUGGACAAAUGGGCUGAAUCAUUGUCAAUUGUCAGGAUGCUAAUUGGCACAAUUGUUUUCAAUUACUGCCUACAUAGAGGACAGAUUGUGUAAUAUUUCCUUCUUUUGGAUGCAAUAUUAUAUAAUUAGAGGGAUGUGUCAUAUCUGGGUCAACGCAUUGGACAUUUACCCUUCUCAGGUGAAAGCUCUGUGAGCCAAUGACACCACUCCACCUGGGUCAUGUGACCUAAUGACAGACAAUGUCACAUAUUUGUAUCUAGAGGAGACAUGUUGUGAAAGGGAAGAAAGACAGACUGUAAACUAUGAGACAGGGCUGUGAGACAGACAUUUAUGACUGAAGCUUGUCUGACAACUUCUGUGGUGAAACACUGAAAGAACACUGGUUGCUAAUGAGAACUAGCUCUCCCAUAGUAUAUAAGUCAGCUACAGUAUGACUCACUCAAGUGUAUACGUAUAGACCUAUCUCUUGUUUUUCUUACCAAGUACUCAAGGGGAAAGUUCACUAACAAACCUUUAUGAAUAUACUACUGUAUACGUCUUUAUGACAUGGUUUAUGGCUUGACUGUGAAUAGUAUCAGUCUAUAAAAGUUUCUUCAGAAAAGCAAAGAUCACCAACAAUCCUUUUCCCAUAUCAUAAUCUGUUAGACUAAAGUGGAGCAUGAACUCUGCCCAGCACAAUGAAAGCACAUUGUGUUUAAACUCUAUAGAAUAAGCUUUCAUUUGUGAAAUAAAAAACAGAAAGGUAAGAUAGUGCUUACUAUUUGCAUCUGAGCCACUUUAUUCUUGAACAUCACUGCUUCCUCCUGGUGGCCCAUCUUGUAACAACUAUCACAUCCAUUUGUCUUUCUACACCACCUGAAGGAGAUAUUUCACAGCCUUAUAUUGGCUGGUAUGUGCAUCUUCAGUACUUCAUGGUCCAAUGGGUCAAUGUCCAUUAUUUAAAUAUAUUCGUUUUAUAAAUAUCCCUCAAGCUUUUUGACAGAAACUAUCAAGAAUAAUCCAGAGCAAAUUACAGUUGAGUACCUAAUUGUUUUACUUGUUUUUACUAGGGACCACAACGCUACUUUGCCCCAUAACAAAUAUACAUUUAAUACGGUCUAUAGUCAGUAUGGCCAUCCAUGUUAUUAUUAUGCUUUAUUUAUUUAUCACACUCAUUUCACUCCCUGUAUCCUAUGUAAUAUCCUCCAUUUUGUUCCCUCGACUCUUGGGAUUCAUGCGAUCUCAACAAUGGGACUGAGGCACAACCACCCCAAUUAUUGUGUUCUGCAUCUGUGUGAGAGAACAUGAAUCAGCUUGUUGUCUGUGGAAAAUACACUGUGUUUACCCACAGCAAACCCAUUCAAAUACACGGCUGUUCUCAACAAGUCCGCCUUUUUGAGCAGACUCUCCUUCACAGGCUUGGUAGAAGCCUGGGCACGGCAUAGGUUGUCAGAAAACCGACGCUGUUCCAAAAACAUCCGUUGUGAAUGUUGACAUGGCCAUUUUAUUGGAAUAAUUCAUCCAGGCUACUGUCUCAUGGGUUGGCUUAAAUAAAGGUAACUGAUGAAGGGUUA